UGAAGUAACUUCCACUCUCAUCUGAGGGGCUUUACGUCACCGGCAAAAUUAGGAAGCUCGGCGCCACAGCUUCUCAGCUCUGCACUGCAAGUGAAAAGGUGAAGAGCGGCGGAGACUCCAGCGCGUAGCGAGACAAACUCGGAGUGGACUGUUGGAAAAGGGCGAGAUUACCGAACUGAAAGCAGAAGUGGAGCGGGAGCCGGCGAAACCGAGUGGACCCGAGGAGCACAGAGAUUUGAGCACGUGGGGACUCCGGCUAAGACGUGACUUGCGUCGGGCGUUGACAGAUAGAAGAGGACCAGAAGUAGAAACUCCAGUCGGGCACAGAGGGUCCACGAGAUCAAGUGGACUUGUCCGCAAGGAACGCCAGAGGAAAAAAAAAAAACAACAAAAACAGAAGCCUUCCAACUCUUCCUCGAUCAAUCGGACAGGCGCGGCGGAAAGCAGAGACCAUCUUCAAAGAGAGGGGGUCGAUCUGGCAAUGUGGCUGCUGUCACUGUUGGCAAUCUGCGCCUUAAGGUCUCUCGCGGCGGGACCGGUGACUGAGGAUUCCUCUCCGCCGUACACUUCAGAGUCGGGGCAGUGCCGAAAAAACGAUGCAGAAUAUUACAAUGAAGACAUAAAGAAAUGUUGCCGCAAGUGCCCUCCAGGGUUUUUCCAGGAUGAAGAGUGCAACGAGUCGAAAAAUACCAAGUGCAAAGCCUGCCGAGAGAAGACGUACACGGAGCUGUGGAACUACCACCGGCAUUGCUUCCAGUGCAUCGCGUGCAAAGGUGGGACCAAAGAAGUUGCCCCCUGCACAACGUCAAGCCGGCGACAAUGCCAGUGCCCUGAAGACUCCUACUGCGCCACAUGGCAGUCUCCUUCAUGCUAUAGGUGCUCGUUGCUUUCCAAGUGUCCACCCGGGCAGGGGGCAAAUCCUGCAGGAAAUGUCCUCACGAAUACAGUGUGUUCAGACUGUCCACCCGGCACCUUUUCUAGCAGCCUGUCCAGUACUGAGGCCUGCCGCCCGCACACCAUAUGUUCUGACCACGGCAGAACUCUGCUUCUGCCAGGGAAUUCUACCUCUGACGCGACAUGUGGAGAGCUUGUGACAACUUUGCCUGUACUGAUCAGGACUCGGCGCCUGCCAGAGAAUUCCGUCCCUGCUGUGAAAAGUGGCAAGCUUGUGACACGUGUGCCUCCUCUGAGCACAGACCAACUGCAGCCACCAGAGGGCACUACAGUGAUCCUGCAGUCUGUGAAGAACGUUAACAGCAGCACACCCUCACUGGUGCUGUACCUUUCUUUAUCUGGAGUAGUCAUCUUAUUGGUUGCCAUUGUUACAGUCCUCAUCACAAAGUCCUGCAAGCUCACAGGGAAAAAAGAGAAGGCUGAUGGUGAAGCACAGCAGCCCCCCAGUGCCCAGUCCUCCCCUGACGGUGGGCAGAGAUGUUCUUCUUUGGUGACGGCUUCAGGACAAGAGAAACAAUGCCUCCUAGAGGACCACAACUCCAGCAACCAUUCAAUUUCUUCUUCGGCCACGUCCUCCAGCAGCAGUGGCACUAAUGUGCCCAAUUGUUGCCAUGAACAGGAUUCUGUAGCAACUGAACGUUACCAGCAGAUUGGGACCCAAAGACAAAACUCAGAUGGCACAACUGGGACAAAUGCAUGUGUCAGUGUACACAUUAAAGCUAUCAUCAACUGUCGCCAUGGUACUAGUUUGAUACACAAAGACUGCCCAGCAGGACCCUCUGAAACCUGUAGCUGUUCCCAGGAGUCCCAGUAUGGAGAGCAGGACCAGGACUCAGUGGUACACCUGUCUCAGGAGGAGUCCUAUGUGAGCUUGAUGGACCCCCAGCAGCACACAGACAAAGAUGCUCGUCUAGCAGUGCAAGAGGCUGACCCUAAAGGCCUGCUGAGUUAGCCUCGAUGGCACAACACUGAGUGCUUCCAGCACUGACUAAAGCAGUAGGCCUACAAAAUGGCCACACACCGGUGGGUAGGCAGCCAGGCUUUCUUGUUGGGAGGUCCAUGAUAUGUUCUGGCAUAAUCCAGUCUUUUGACUGCCACCAUCAAUGAAGAAAGAAAGACUGGCAGAGACAAGUAAUGAAUGAAGCUAGUCGGAAAACCAGGCAAAGAAGUGGUGGCUACAAAUCACCCAUCAGUGAAACUGGACAGGAAGUGAAAUAAUAAGAAAAUGCAGACCAGACAAGGCUGGUGGAGCCCUGGGUCUUUCUGCAAUUAAAACACUGUAAAACCUGCCAUCUCUCCAUGAUCUUAAUAUGAAGAUUUUAGGAUGAUGGGACAGUGCUGUAAAUAUGGAGCUUGAUGUUUGCAUCAAGAGAUUUGCUGUAGGAGAAGGCUUGCAAUUUCAUCCAUCCGUAGCUUGUGACUUUUGGGAAUGGAAAGUUUUCAACUAUGGUUGAGAGACCACUAAUGGAUUUGGGUGCUCCUUUUGUAUUUUGUACUGUAUAAUAAAUGGGCAGCUUGCAUUUCCAAGAACA